AUCUCAGACCAUUUUCAAUUUCAGGAAUAGUGGCCAUGCUCAUAUGGAUGACAUAAAUGAGAAUUUUGUGGCUCAAGCAUUAUGUGUUUAUCUGGUCAUUAUGACAAUGCUGCUGCUUUGUACCAUCUGGUACCCGUCUACAUUCACUCUACAGACAGCCCCUCUGGCUGCAGAAGAGACGACGCCUUGUGUUCCUACAAAGUUAGUAUUUUGGAUGGCGUGGGGCCAGUGUAAAAGUCUACAGUGUCCUACAGACAUUUUCACAAUACAUGUUAGUGAGACAAUAGUGGACAUUAUUUGGGUUUUCAUUAUAUUUGCAGUGAGAGGACUGUCAAAGUCUAAAGUAGACUUUCUACAACAGCAGUUUGGGAUGAUUGCUGCUGAUAAUUAUGUUGAACUGAAUCAAUCUGGUUUAGUCAGUCUCACUAAAACGCGUCUAAACACUUCAACAGGCAUUGGUUUGAGCUUUAAAGGGGCUAUAAAUACACAUUGUUUAGAGAUUUUGUCACACAAUUGUAUUUCAUUUCCUGUCCUCUGUUUUAUGUCCAUAGACUUUGAGCCUACAGCAGUGUCUGACUGGUCAUUUGAUGAAAAUUGUCUUUUCUGUUGUUUGAGACGAGACAAAGUAAAGGAACACUUAAUUGGCUUAAACAACGAGGAGCUUGAAGAUGCACCCAAACCUCUCCUAGUUAAAGAUCUCGCCUCAAUAAGCAGACUAGAGAAACAAGCCGAGGAGUUUCUCAAUGCAGUCCUCAGCAGAAAAGAUGUGCCAAAUUUCUCUGACCCACACAUUCCAGUAGUGGCUCGAGAGAUCCUUCACAGAAUGAUCCGACAGUUCGCUGCCGAAUAUACCUCAAAAACCAGCCCCCCUCAGGACAGUGGCUCUGAUUCCCCGCCUUGCUUUGACCAAAGCCUGCAGACCCCGCCCUUGCUCUCAGGGGCUGCUCCCUCUACCAGCCCUGCCAGGCCUGCACACAACCAGAACCCCGUCCUCAGCAAGCUCCUCAUGGCCGACCAGGAUGCUCCCCUUGACCUCACCAUCAAGAGGCCCCUGGCUGUGCCUCGUGAACAAGAUGGAGUUCUUGAUUUGUCUAUCAAAAAGAGUCGCUGUAGCAGCAGCAGCAGCCUGCCUGUUCGUAGUCCCUGCCUUUCUCCAGCCACAACCACACUCAAAGGUGAGCCUCACGACUUGCCUAUUGCAAAGGCAAAAGACCUGCAGUCCACCUCCACGCUGGAACAGUUCAUGGCCAAACUCUGUCCCCACCAUCAAAGACAGAUAGUAGAUGCCAUAGGCUUUCUACAGACGGAGGUCAAAGCACUGGCAUCUUCCAAUACGCAGCAAGCCUCUAAAUCUACCUCUGGAAUCCAGGUAACUGCUUGUUCUACUGCAAAAUCCAGUGCAGUCACCCCUGAGAAGUCAUGCCCUGAGCUAAGGUUUCCCAGGGCAUCAACUCCCAAGUCAGAGGUCCAGGAUAUGUCCCAUUCUGUCCCAAGCAGCUGUGCGAUGAAAAAAGUUCCAGAGAAUGCUGUUUCGCUGAAAACAUCUGCAGGCCCUGCGUUGGAUCUUCGCAGCCCUGGGUCCGGGAGUAACCAAGCUUUGGUCACUCCCACUGCUAAUCCAAUGGAGGCAGAGAACAACCGUAAUGGUGAUCAUGCCCCUCUGAAGAUGAAAAUCAUGACCAGCAACGUUGGUAAGAAGUUGUCAUGUGUGCUCAACACCUCGCUUUCAUCUCACUCUGACACUUUGGAGGACAGACAGGGUAACUCAAAUUCAUCACACAGAACAGAGACUCAUGGUGCCAGACUCAGCUCUGCUGUGAAAAGACACAAUCAGACUAGUCACACACAUCAAGCAAGGCAGAGAGAGGCUCUAGGGCAUGCCAAAGAUAAACCAGCAAACCUGUUUUCAGUCCACAUGACCAUUCCUUCAGACUCUCCGCGGACUGCAAGGAAGACCAUCAAGUCAUCGUCUGAUCAUCGGAGCAGGGACUCGGCUUGUAGGGGAAUAGCUGACCCUGAUCUUGGCCACUGUGAUAUUGUUUUUAUUAACAAACCAAUUACAGAGUGUUUUAAGGAACAGCGGCGCGGCAUGCGUCCACGCCGCAAUGCCAGGAAAAGCACCAGAGGACAUAUGUAUUCAGAUGAAAUCUGGGAGUUAAAAACUGUCCGUACAUUGGCUGGGAGGGGCAACUGUCCGAAUCCAAUGCCAGAGCUUAUCACAUUGGUCACCCCAAAGCAAGUGCUUUCAAAGCCCGAGGGUGUACCACCUGUGGAUAUGCCUUUUGCUGGAGCGUGCCGGGAGGCAAUGAAUCAACAAAUGUCCACAGAAGAGUCUGAUGAGAGUGUGAUACCAGGAACAGGAGAUAUGGUGGAGGUAGCAGCCAGUGAAGUAGACAUUCUAGUUGAAACUAGUCAGACCGGUCAGUGUCAGAGCAAGGGCCAGUCUGCUCCUUCGUCUCCGGUAAGGCCUCCAAGAGAAAACCAAGAAACAGAUGAGAGCCCAGAUGUAGAACAGAAUACAAGUGGAGAUUCGGGGACAACAGCAGAAAGUGAAGAAAGUGUGGCUCGGGCUCCAUUUGAAGCAGAAAAGGAGAACAAGCCCGAGCUUCAAGAGGACAUCGGUGAAAGUAACGACCAAAUAGUCCCAGAAACCGUAGUGGAACCAUUAGAGGAAGAUUCCAUAGAAGAAGAUGAGCCCGAGCUUUCACUAGAAGAAGUGCACAACAGUGAGCCUGUUCUCCAUCAAAAUAGAGCCCCAUCACUGGUGGCUCAAGUUGAGGAAGAAAUAGAGGAAAACAAUAGGGAGGAAGUACAAGUAGAGCAACUGCAGGAACUUCCACCAAAGUCAAAGAUGCACUUCAACAACUUUGAAGUCGCAGUUGAGUGCAACACCACAGGUUCGGCAGAGGAGCCAAUGGUGAAAGAGACGGAAAUGAAAACAUCCGAAGCAGUUGACGGUGUUGUACCUUUAGAGCAUGAAGGUGAGAAUGACGAUGACGUGUCCUCAAAGACACUCGACUCACUCUUGAAGGAAUUACCCCCCUGGCGUAGAAAAAGAGGAGCUGUAGUUUCGCUGCCAAAGCGGUUAAGAAAAACGGAAGCAGUGGUAGUGGGGUUUGUCAAUGGUCGACCCAUAUCGGCAUCCGACAGAAGUCUGCGUCGUAGAUCAAAUAACAGCACCACGUCGCCUAAGAAAACCCCAGUGAAAUCUAGUCGGAAUGUCCCCAAGACUUCUGUUGAUCCAGCUGUACCUGAAGCAGACAGAGCUGUAAAAUCGACUGAGACUACUCCUGAGAUUCAGCAGGUGAAAGAACCAUCCUCUGCCAUACCAUCUAGCCCAAAAUCUAAAUUUCCCUCAAAGACCAAACAAAUUCGGAAACAAAAGAAAGUUCAGAGAGAUCAGGAGAGUCUGCUUGUCCUCUCCGAUCAGCGGCAACUUAGAUCUGGAACUCCUUUAUCACCUCCCAAAUCAAAUGCUGUCCCUUCCAUUUUACCUCCGAAACCUACUGCUACCCAGGCUCCUCCAUCUACAGAGCACCUCCCCUUUCCUUCUUCACUUCCUGUUGCUUCUCCUCCAAUCAGGUCAUCUUCCCCUGCAGCCUCUGAAAAGUCCCAACAGGAAGCAGUCCCAGAGACAACUGCAGAAUUAAACAUUGAAAAGAAUCAGCCAGUAGAGACGACCUUUGAAGAAACGCAAGAAAGCAAAGUAGAAAAUAGAUCGAAGCUCCAGUCUACACAGAUGGUAGUAGAUGACAGUAACAAUGAGCAACUUAACAGUGAGUUAUCAAGUCCUUUGGAAAAUCAAAGUCCUGUAAAGACUGAAAUGCAAACAGAGAUUAUGCCAUUAAGAAGUAAGCGGGUUCUCCGAAAGGAGGCAGAAGCAAGUGAUGUUGCUUUGUUGCAGAAGCCAAAUGUAGCAUCUUUAGAAGGCCGGUCUGCAAGUGGAGAUGAAAGCAGUUCUUCCGUGUCAGAAAAACCCAAAAGAAUGCCAUUAAGAAGUGAGAGCAGUAAGGUUGAAGUGUCCCCCCAGCCUGUCACUCAGUCGUCACCAGUGAACAACAAGAAAUUGGCUUUGAGAUCACAAAGACUGGCUGUAGCCUCUACCAGUGCUCUUACUGCAGAUGAGAGACCGAGUGACGUACCUUCCCCGAUCAGAAUAAUCAAAGCUCAGGUGAAGCCUCUUCCGGUGUCUGUUGCAGCUGUGUUGCCCCAUAGCUCAGCCAUCCCUGUCAUUGCACCACGACCCGAGCCCCCAAAACAAACAAACAAAUUCUUUGAGGCUCUGACUGGAGAAGAGAACCAACACCUAAUUACAAAUCUGAACGUUAAGUAUGAUAAAAUGCAAAAAGGCUGGGUGCAUACGGACAAAGAGGGUCAGCCAGCAACAAAAUACAAAAACAAAGCCGACAGACAGGCGGCUAUAUGGAAAAGUAAACGCAGGGCCCGGAAAUCAAAGUCUUCAGACCACCAGAAAUACUCACCGGUCCAAAUGCUCUUCAUGAAAGGUUUUAAUCUCAGCAGUAUUUGUCGCUGGUUCCUUGAAACAACAGAAACAAAGUCCCUUGUCAUCGUCAAGAAGGUGAAUACACGUCUUCCGUCAGAAACUCAGCUGUGCUUCCACAGCUCAUCGAGUGCUUCAGGGACCUCUCAGGGGGUAUUUCCAAGCCUACAGGCAGAGCGCUUGAAGAAACAUUUGAAAAAGUUUGCCAUUGCCUCUCCUGUGAAGAGCAACCCUAAGAGUCAGAAACUGAUUGCUAAAGCACUGGAGCAAGAAGCCAACGCAGUCAAAGGAAGAGAGAGAGGAGAGCUCCCCAGUACUACUCGGACUUUGACUAAGUCUGCCAAAGCCUGUGGACAAACCGCUGAAUCACAGAAAUCCUCUGGUAAAUCAAAGAAUCCAGCCAGUGCAAGGAUCUUGAGGAAAUACUCAAACAUCCGAGAGAAGAUGCAGGUUCAGCAAACCAAUGUUAGACUCAAGGAGGCCUCAAAAACUUUAAAAACCAACAAUAUGAAAAGACUGGCCGCCAAAAAUUCUGCCGCCAAGUCAAGUCUGAAACCAUCUCUCAAGGCAAAGAAAUCCCCCCUACCGGCUGGCAAACAAAUGAAAGCAUCUGCCGCAAAAAUGGGAAGAAGGAAAACAUUGGCUGGCAAAAAAACUACAAAGCCUCCUGUUCAACAGAGGACAGUCAAGGCUCCGAGCAGCAGUAGAGCUUCAAGAGAUGCAACUAAAAACGAUGAAUUGCCAAAGAGAUGUUCUCAACGACUAGGGUCUCCUAAAACAUCUGAACACAACCCCGUUGACACACCUAAAAGCAAGGUUGACAAUAAGAAGCAAAUCGAAGCAGAGAAAAUAGAGGUGGAAAAACCCGCCUUGAACAAAGUGAGUGCUGCAAAAAUCCAAACAAAGGAAUCCUCCCCAAGUGCUGUCCCUAAAGUCAAAGGUACAGAGAACGCCGUUGAAACCCAACAGCAGAGUGCGGACGUCAAGUCUCCGACCUCACCUGACCAGGUACUGACAAGAUCCCAGAGGAAAAUCGAGGUGGCGGGCUCUUUGAGUGGAAGCCCCAGACAUGCUUCAAAGAGGGCCACAAAGUCCACGAAGACACAAAGUCCAUCUCCUAAACGAGUCAGGAAAAGUGAGGAGCCCACGCCGACGAGACGAGGGGCCGUAAAGCUUCCCGCGAAGAAAAGGCAAGCCGCCGCGACGCCACGCAGCGCGGCUAAAUCGGCAACCAAGAGAGCUCGGGCGCUUCUGCAGACCCCAGCUAAACGCACCAGGACAUCGCUCUCCAAAUGAAAUGCACACGCAGAGAGAGAGAGAGGGAGAGAGAGAUCAUCUUUAGUAAGAGGAUUUUGUCUUCCUUUAUCUGGAAUAUACUCAGAAGGACCAGAAGUUUCUAUUUUCUACUCUUCAGAUGGCACCUUUUUCAGUAGGCAAAUAUGUGAAGCAGGAAGAGACGUCUGCUUUUGUAAAGCUUCAGUGUGAAAAUAGAAAUGUGAUGGAUUAUUUGCCGAGUGUUCGGGGACUACAGACGAGUUCCUGUGUGAUGUCUAGCAGGUGUAGUUUCUAUUUCAGCACUCUGCGACACGGCUGGAGAUAAUGGCCCAUCAAACCUCAUUUUAGAAGUUGGAAUAACAACAUUCACUCACCAUUCGGUUUCAAAUCUUUUUUUUUUUUUUUUUUUUUUGUUGUAUAUAAUUUUAGUUUUUGAUGAUCGCAUGCACAGCAGUGUUCAGAGAGCUUGCUGUGAAGAAGGCAGAUCAGCUUUUCAAUACCAUCUUUACUUCCAGAAGUAGGUAACGUGUAUCUCCAGCCUGUCUUCCAAUCACAAGUGUGAAUAUGUGGCUAUUGUGACCCGGUGCCUUAUUUAUGAAGUGUAAAGUAAUAGAAUGUGUUGCUAAGUGUGAAAACUCCCGUCCUUCAGUUACAACAGCUUUCUAAUCCCGGAGCGGUCGUCACCAUUCACCUGCUUCACUGAGUGUGUGUGUGUACAGUGUUCCGUUCCCCACAACAUGUUCCUCGAGUGUCAUCUGUAAAUUCUUAUCUCGAUUGAGGCAUUCAAACUUUCUGAUUUGGUCUGACCUGCCAGGUUUAUUUUUAUAUCCUCAUUUUGCCAGAGCAUUAACUUAAUAUUGUUCUCACUGUAGUUGUUCUAGAUGUUAAAGCAAAUGCGAGUCUGACUUGCUAAAAACAGACCGGUGUGAUCUGGAUGUGUCAUGACGAAUGUUUGUAUUUUUUUAUUUUUUCCAUGUUGUUUUGGGUCGUUUUCAUCACUGUGUACCUCUGCAGUCACUUCUGACCAUUGCACCCAUUGUUAUCUGCUCGUAAUAGUGACGUCACUUUGAGUAUUUUACCUGCAUCUUGCAUGUGUUACGGUCUUGCUGAUGUGGAGACAAUUUUAGCAACUCUUGCAUUAGAGCGGUUGCCUUUCUACAACUGAAACACAAAACUAUAUUUAUGCCCCUGAGCUUUAAAAUUACUAACCUCAUUUAAUAACGUGUAUGCACAUUUAGUGCCCAUUAAAAUGCUGUAGUGACAAACUAUCUGAGAUGACCGAGAUACCGGUUUGUGUAUCACUGCGCAACAUGAUUUCAUAAAAAGGCCUGAACAGUAUGUAUAUUUGGUUGGUUAAUAUGAACAAUGUUUAUGGCCGCUUGAGCAUUAAUGGCAGAUUACAGGGUGAUGAAUGCCUUCCCUAAUUAUACAUGAGUUGGAUAUGAUAUUUUUGGGGUAGUCUAGUCACACUUCUGAGUUGUGAAUUCAAGUGUGUUGAAGUUUUAUGUUAUUAUUUGUUUUAUUAUUGUCCGGCAGAUGUUCUCAUAUUGUGAAGUUCCUUAACUUCCAGUAGUAAAUUUCAUUAGUGUGUUGUCAAUUGUCAUUUUUAGCACAGUGUUAUUUUUUUAUUAUGUUCAUUUCUCUUAGAGGGUAAAUCAUCUGUAAAUGCAAAACAUGUCUGCCAUGUUUUUAUUGUUAUUUAAGAACUCCAUGUAGGCGAAUGGAUUUAGCAAAUCUAAAGCAGCCCAACAAAUCAGACUUGAACAUGUUUAUUCUUUGCAGUUGCUAUUUAAAGAUUUUGGGUUUGUAUAUUAGAAAGAAAUAACUGCUUUAUUUGUGGUAAUCCCAAGAAUGAUGCAUCUUUAUGUUAAGAACUUUGUAUUUUUGCUGGAGUUGAUAUAAAGAUGUUGGAAUUUUA